GUGGGAGAAAAAGUAUACAGACUGGUUGGUAAUAUAUCCGAGAAAGACAUGUCCCUCCUCGAGGAAAGAAUAAAAAGGUCGAGCAGAAAAACUUUUGCCCCUCCCAGACCGGACUUGAAUGCCACCGUAGUGACGACAGCACUAUCGCCCCAGAAGGAAAAUACCCCACCCAAUAGAGCCAUGGAAGAAAAUACCUUCGUGAGCAACGGCGUUAACAACAACUUCGAACAGGACGAUGAUAUGGAGGAGGAAAGUUUGCCGCCAGUCAACCUGCCACCUCAGAUAGUUCAGGAACCCCCCAAGAAGGAAAUCGACGGACCGUUCCGGUUAGACCCCGAAUUCAUGAAAGAGCUGGACAGCAUACAACAACAACUGAAAGUCACCAAGCCACAGUUGAGGACGUUCGACCUCAGUUUCUUGUAUGAGGAAAUAAAAGUACCUACGAUCGAGGAAGCCAGGGCAGCGUAAGAGAAUUUUGACUGCGGUC